AUGGCCCGUCCUUCCCCAACAGACGCAGUCACUCAUCGCCACCCACCUGCCUGCACAGUUUCGACUUCUUCCGACAUAGGUCCACGUUCCAUGAGCUUCAAUUCCCUCCCUUGGCAUACACCGUCAACAUGUCAAACUACCACACAAGCGAUGACUUCCACCGUCCCAGCCAAGCGUCAGUUCAAAAUCAUGCGCCAUCUCAGGUACACCUGCUUCACGGUAUACCGACGUCUGUUCUCGAUUGUAUUCCUCGCGAACGUCAUUGCCACCGUGCUCGUUUUCAUAAAGUAUGGAUACCGCAAUGUGCCAUCCUCAAUCGUCACCACGGCCGCAUCCGGAAACUUCUUCGUAGCAGUUCUUGUACGCCAAGAUUUCUUCGUCAAUAUGCUUUACAGCACCUCUUGGCUGGUUCCCAGGACUGCUCCACUACGACUCAGGCGCCUGGUUGCCAAAGUCUACGAGAACGGUGGCGUACAUAGCGGAGCUGCUGUCGCUGGUACGAUGUGGUUCAUUGUACUAAACAUCAUGAUCACUGGCGGAUUGGUCCGAGGCGAGGCCUUCAGCUCGACCGCGCUCUUCUGUUCCACGUGGGCACUCCAAGUAACGCUUUUAGUCAUUCUUUUCUGUUCCCAUCCGUAUAUUCGAGCCAGGACUCACAAUACCUUCGAGUACACGCAUCGGUUGGGCGGCUGGCUCGCCAUUGUACUAUUUUGGGUCGAAUCCCUAAUGAUUAUUGCAACCAAAUGCAAGGCUCUCGGUGUCACGAUAGCCUCGGUUCUCGUCCAACACCCGGCUUUCUGGCUACUCACCGCGACCACUGUCCUACUCAUCCUUCCGUGGCUGCGUCUACGUCACUGGGAGUUCACGCCGGAGAAACUCUCGUCCCACGCUAUGCGUCUCCACUACACCCAGAAUCUCAAACGCUUUAGUUGUCUGUUCAUCUCGGACUCGCCACUUCUACAAUGGCACCCCUUCGCUACCUUUCCGGCUCGUGAUAGGGAACCUGGUGGUUCUAUGGUCAUCUCUGACGCUGGCGAUUGGACCCACAACCUCAUCCUAAACCCAGCCAAGAAGUAUUGGGUCAAGGGAUUACCUACUUACGGAACCCUCAGCAUGGCCUGCAUCUUCCAGCGAGUUAUCCUCGUCACUACCGGCUCUGGAAUCGGCCCUAGCCUCGGAUAUCUUCUCGACCGUCCCGAAGGUCAGUUCUGUCGCCUCAUCUGGAGUACCCGAACUCCGGUCCACACCUAUGGCGCUGCUCUCAACGAUUGGAUCCACGAGAUCGAGCCCAACGCCCUCGUCCUUGAUACGAACAAGACCGGCCGCCCCGACCUCGUCCAGCUCGCCUACCAGAUGUAUAUGUUGUACAAAGCGGAGGCCGUGUUCGUGCUCAGCAACGAGACCGUCACCCGCAAGGUUGUCUACGGCAUGGAGAGCCGCGGCAUUCCUGCCUACGGACCCAUCUGGGACUCAUAG